UCAGCGGGCGCGAAUUCGGGGAGAAAGUAUCGAGAGACGUUUCUCCGUCGCCCAGGACCGUUCAAUCCCGUUCAAAGUGCGGUUUGGUAUGAAUCCCGGACGAUAAUUCCGUUUCGUGGGCUUAAUAUAAGUUCACUCGAGACUUUUCUGGCACUUUAAAGAGAAAGAAGAUCACCUGUAACAGUUGACCGAUGACACCUGUUGUCUCUUCAGCGCUCGCUUGGAGAGAAACUCUGAGGGUUUAAACAAAACUUGAGGAUAUUUAAACGUUUGAUGACGCAGCUAAGAUGAAAGUGACGGUAAAUUUCGGGGAAACGAGGAUUGUCGUCCCGUGUAAAGACGGUUGGAUGGUGCGGGAUUUGAUCGAUCAAGCAACUCAAAGAUACAAGAAGAUUGCUGAACAGGAUGGGGAAUUCCUGGUGCGGACGCUCCAUGUGGAGUAUGUGGACGGGGGGAUCUUGGACCCAGAUGACAUGCUAACGGACCUGGUGGAGGACAAAGACAAGCUGAAGGCGGUGUAUGAGAAGAUGGAGCUCCAGCAGAGGGCGACGGUGAGUCCCGGGGGGAGUGUGGCGUCUGGCCGCUCCAGCCCUGACCACUCUGAACCUGAGCUCAGCGUCCUGCAGCCCUACCUGGGCAGUGAGAUCGAGGUCACCCCCUCUGCCCUCAAAUCAACCACUCCUCUGUCGGUGCGCAGCAGCAGUGACCCCACCCUCGCCCCGCCCCUGGAUGUCAUUUCAUUGGACGCUGAGGACAUCAGCAGACCCCAGUCCACUGGAGUCGGUCAUGCCAUCUCUGUGAAGGGAGGAGCCAUGGACAAACCCAAGGUGGACGUCCCGGUCUCCAGGACUGUCGAAUUAAGCUGCCUCACACGGACGGUGGAGAUUUCUGGAGACCUCGGGCCUCUGGGCAUCAAAGUCAUAUCAUACUGCUCCUCACUGAGUGGAAGGACUCUGGGUCUAAAUAUCCGAGCCAUCGAGAGGCACAGCCGCUCUGAACGAGAGGGGAUCUUUGAAGAGGACGAGUGCAUCGUGCAGAUCAAUGACACCGAGUUAAUAGACAAGUCCUUCGCUCAGUCUCAAGAAGUGUUUCGCCUAGCCAUGUCCUCAACGACCAUACGUUUGGAGGUGCUUCCUGUCGCCAACAAACUCCGCUAUGAAAAGAGCCUCAUCGGGCAGCUUUUCAACAACACCGAACCGACCCCCGCAGUCCCUAAAGUCAAGAGUCCUUUCUUGGUUCACAAACUCAGUUCGAGCAACGCAUCGACGCCGUCUCCAGAGCCUCCUGCGUCACGCACCCCUCCCACAUCGCAGACCCCGCCUCAAAAAGAGGAGGAGCUUCUGUCUGCAAGACACACCCCCGUCCAAACGGAUCACCACAGAGCCACGCCUUCCCCUCCUGUCAGUGCGUCUCCCACCCUGAAAGAUGGCAGCGAGAGCCCGGCCCCCAGAAAGACCCCGACCCUCGCCACGGUGGUUAAUAUGAUCAACAAAAAGCCUGGGAAGAAAAUGAAGAUCGAUUUGAAGAAAGGUACAGAGGGCCUCGGAUUCACCGUGGUAACCAGAGACUCGUCCCUUCAUGGUCCAGGACCCAUUAUGGUCAAGAGCAUCCUGCCCCGCGGAGCUGCUGUUAAAGACGGACGGCUCAAGUCCGGAGACCGUAUCCUGGAGGUAAAUGGAGUGGACAUCACAGGACGCACGCAAGAGGAGCUGGUGGCUAUGCUCCGGAGCACCAAACUAGGAGAAACCGUGUCUCUGGUAGUCGGAAGACAAGAGGGGUUUUUGCCCAGAGAACUGAAAGGAGAGCCGUCGGGUCCGCUGCUUUCGGAGGACGGCCGAGAGCAGCUGAUGUUUGAAGUUCCUCUGAAUGACUCCGGCUCAGCUGGUCUAGGGGUCAGUCUGAAGGGUAAUAAGUCCCGAGAGACCGGAGAAGACCUGGGCAUCUUCAUCAAGUCCAUCAUCCACGGUGGUGCGGCACACAAGGACGGUCGCUUGCGCGUCAAUGACCAGCUGAUAGCGGUCAAUAGCGAGUCGCUGCUCGGACGCUCCAACCAUGAUGCCAUGGAAACCCUGCGUCGCUCCAUGUCGACUGAAGGGAACCUCAGAGGAACCAUCCAGCUGGUGGUCCUGCGUUCUUCGGAGCGCUCUGCUGCUCAGGAAAAUCCUGAAAGCAGUCAAACUGUCACCAGAAACGACUCUCCUGUUCAUCUUCGUCCGAACAGCAACCACACCAACAGCUCGGCACCACCCUCCACAGAAACCAUCCGCACGUACGAGGCUGCUCCUGCUCUUUACAGACCCCCUGGAGGACCACAGGAACUGCCGGAGGAAGAUUACGAUGAAGACGAUUUCCCCCCUCCACCUUCUGAUCUGGACCUGCUGGAAACAAACCAUCCACACAAACACCAACAAAAUCGGGGCGAACUGGAGCCCGUUUCCUACAAACCCACCUACCAACAGUACCCUCCGCGACAGAAAGUCCCAGAAUACCCCGCCAGCAAGUCCUCCAAGAGCAUGGAUUUAGUGGCAGAUGAGAGUAACAUGGCCUCAAUUCAAGGACAGAGACCUGAACCCCCCUCCUCUAACGGGACGGUGCUGGGACCCAGGUUGGGUCUGCAGAAGUCCAGUUCUCUGGAGAGUCUCCAGACAGCGAUGGAGGAGGUGGGUAAGGACCAGGUUCCCUUCCACCGUCCACGAACACACAUGGUGAGAGGCCGAGCAUGCAACCUCAGCUUCCGAUACGCCAUCGACAAGUCCUACGAGGGGCCUUCUGAACCUGAGGAUGAUGACUCUGAGGAAGACUCCGGAAGAGACACGCCUGCCAGCAGCUCCUCUCGACAGGAUCUGGAUGAUGAGAAGAAGGUCAAGAAAAAGAAAACCAAAAAGAAGAAAGAGAAAAAGAGCAAAAAGAAGGACGAGUCUGACGACCCUGAGAAAAAGACAAAGAAAAAAGGAUUUGGAUUGUUGAGCGAGGAGACCCCGUCUGACCUCAGAUCAGUGCACAAGAAUAUGUUCGGGAGAAAAAACAAAUCCAAGGCUAAAGAACUGGGUGCUUUGAGCGAAGAAGAGGUGGACAAGAGUGAACCUGAGAUGUUUCUGUCCAAAAGUGAAAGGAACAGCCCUGCUCUUGACCGUGCCAUCUUCCCGGAUGUCGAAGACGAUGACCUAGAUCCCAACUACGCUCGAAUCAACAAUUUCAGAGAGCCUCCCUCCUCCGGUCACUCCCCCUAUCCACCUGGAACUCCCACCCAUAACUACUCUCAGCCUGCAGUCCCCGCCCCCAACAGAGAGCUGCCCAAUGAGGACGCGCUAGAGGGGCUUUAUGCAAAAGUGAACAAGCAAAGAACCGGCCCCCCAAAGACUGACAGUAAUGAAGAUCGAUUGCAGCAAAUCAGGAACCAGCUUCAGCAGGUGAGACCGGCUCCAUCCUACGACGACCUGAGCGCCCGAAGACGGCCGGAGUACGACCCUUCACGAAUCAGAGGUCCUGAUCCACGAAUGGCUCCCAGAUACAGUGACUCCGAUCGUCCGUACACCUCCGUGCCCAGGAGGAUGCCAGUGGAGGACUACACAAACCAGAACUGGGCCAACCAGAGAGACCCUGUCCAUUACCCCAAUCCCAUCUACGAGACCCAAGAGAACUAUCCUCCCCGUUUUCCCCGGUUACCCGUACCCAGACCGGCAGAGGCCACAGGCGGUUACUAUCCUUCAUCUCCGGCUCAGCAGAGGGGUCCCGUGCGGCAGGACGUCCCUCCCCCAUCAAACCCAGGAGCCAGAGCACCGCCUCGUUACGAAGCGCUGAACCAGGGCAACUAUCGGACGGCCAGCCCCGAUCGCUACGGCCCAUACGGAGACGAACAAUACCAAGAUCCCCGGCAGAAAAAGCCAAUGAUCGGAGCCGUCUAGACGAGGAGGAAGUAGGUCGGAGCUGAAAAAGUUAUGGCGGUUAUGUAAUUGUGUCCAUUUACAAGAACAAUCGAAUUAGUUUUCCUAGACCUAUGAGAUGAAAAAAAUUGCUUGGGCACAGCCAUCGAUUACUCCAAAUUGAACUUGUUAAGUGAAGUUUGUGAUUUGUUUUGGACGCCGGCCAUUUUUGCUCUUAAUUAGCAUCAGUUCUGAACAUCGAGUCGAUUUCACAGCAGUCUAAAAGUUACAGCUUACAGAAGCACAUAUGGUUUGUAUAUAUGUAUGUUUUGCAUGUAUUUAAUUCAGUAUACCACAUGAAGUGUACGUGAUCAUCUGCUGUGGAUAAGUAUGGCCGUCUUUCCCCUCGUGAGUAUGCAUUGACUUAAGGACGCGACGUUCUCAGAGCGUGGUUUGUUUUAUAUGUUGGGUGCCUUAAGCUAGCCUGGGUGAGAAGUUUUUAAACGUGAAGAAAUUCACCAUCAGUUUACUUUUUUGUGGUUAUAAUAAUGUUUUCCCCUAUUUUUAUUGCCUGUGCAGUAACUUUGUCCCUCUAAAACACUCCAUUAACUCUGGGUUGUGUUGUUUUUACUCAGCGAAUCAAUCCUAAAGCGUUUUUUCACGCGACGUUUCGAGGGUAAUAUUCUCUUUCGACCGCUUCUCUCCUUGAUUGAUUUUAUUAAAGCCAUUCCGCGGCCCAAAAACAAGACGGACAGGGUUACGUGAAUGGCUGAUCCGAUAUCAUAGCUCGAACCGUUUUGGCUUUUGUCGUCACGUCUGUUUCUUUUAUCUUGGGUCGAGGUUUUGCAUUCCCUUUCAAUCGUUGUAGCCGUGACACACAGCGCUCUGUACACAGGGCUCUUGUAGCGAACAAUCGUUGUUAGUUAUAGAUAUGAGAUAUGCUGCCAGUCAAAACAGGAUCUUACAAGAACCAGCAAACAUAAUGAAUUUUUGCACCCAUUAUAUGUUGAGUUUUUUGCACAUUUAUCGCCUGAACGAAGUGGUUUACAGGAAAAUGUCUGGAUUGAUAAUGAUAAUAAAUGAAGUUUAGUGUAAGAUUUUACCUUAUAUAACAUACGCUACUCUAUCGACUUUAAAAAGCAUGCAUGAAUAAUCAGUUGGUGUCGUCUUAUCUCUGUCUUGUUGUUAAAAAGUUGAUUUUAAGUAUAUUUUUAUAUCAAAUUUUUCCUUCAAUGUUUAUGGAAAAUCUGCCAUUUUUGCAUUUAUUUUGCUUGGAUUUUGUUACUUUUAUUUAAUCUUUUUCGUACUUAAUAACAGCUGAUUCUCAUCAAUUCAUUUUAACCAAAGUUUCUUUAUUUCGUUUUUUGCUUUCUUAUAUUUUUAUGAAAAUCGUAAUGCUGGUCGGCGUUGAUUAGUGAAAUCGAAUCGCAUGGAUGGCGGUAUAAUUUGUUUUGAUACCUUAUUCUUGUUGUUUAGUUUUUUUUAACGUUAGGCAAAUGUUGUAUUAAACUGAAAGAAAUGUGUGCGUGCUUCCAUUACCAAAAAUGAUUAAGCCUACAUUUUGGAGCAAAACAUGCUCAUGACAUGAAUUCAUAUUAACUAUGACAUUUUGGUACCUUUUUUUUUUACUAUAAAUGUGUUUUUGUGUAAAUAAAGUGGUAUGUUGGUUCAGGCUGA